GAAACUUUUAGCAAUACAGAAUACGAAAUUUCACGACGUAGAUUAACUAACUGUAUUUUUUACCACUCAGAUAUAAUCAGGAAAGCAAAAAUACUCGAUGAAUGCUUUUCUAACGCCAUGUUUACACACACUUGCCUAACUGCAAUAAAUUGUGCGUUCAUCGAAAAACAAUUUACCGAGGGUGAUCGUGUCUGUGCUGUAUUACAUUUUUCGGGAUGGAUUCUCGUUUUAACGUUUGCUUGCUUCUCUGGACAGAUUCUUAUCAACGUUAGUGAAUCAAUAGCCGGAUGUAUUUGGUUUUCAAAGUGGUAUGAGGCGGAUAUUAGACUGCAAAAAGACGUUUUGUUUAUGUUAGCAAGGAGCCAAAUAAUUUUCUGUCUGACAGCUGGACCAUUCAGUUCCCUUUCAUUUCCAAUGCUUGUUUCGGCGGUUAAACUAUCUUACUCUCUGCUUUGUUUACUAAAUUCAUGAACUGUAAAAUUUGAUGAUGUGUUUACAAAAUUUCAUAUAAGUGAAAGAAACCGUUUAGGACUCGAAUAAAGUUAUUUAGCA